AUGCCGCACCGGCUGCAGCCUCGUUGUAUGCUGCAGCAGCAAGAGACCCCCGUUCCGUCACACUCGUGUGUCUGCACACAACAGCAGCAGCAACAACAGCAGCAGCAGCAGCAGCUGGACAAGGAGGCGCUGCAGCGAGUCACAAGGAGACUGCAGGUCCUGCGGCUGUGUUUGCUGCAGCAGGUCCUUGUUAAGGCUCACAAGAGCUUGGACGAUCAGCAGCAGCAGCAGCAGCAGCAGAAAGAGCAGCAGGAAGUGCAGCAGGAAGCGCAGCAAGAAGGGUCAGCUCUCCGCAGCAAAAGAGCUCUUGACCCGAGCACUGCAGCAACUGCAGCGGCAGCAGCAGCUGCCGCUGGAGCAGCACCUGCUGCAGCUGCUCCCGCUGCAGCAGAAGGAGCAGCAGCUGCUGCUGCUGCUGUUUUUAGAGCCGAUAAUCCCCUUGUUGCUGCGCUGCUGCAGCUGAAGCCUCAGCAGCUGCAUCACCGACACCGCAGCCUUUGCCGCCAUCUCCACUCGCUGCAUGCAUCACUGCAGCAGCAGCAGCAGCAGCAGCUGGAUCAGGAGAAAAAUGAUGGAAAGGAUCGGGACACCGGAAGUGCACCGGGGCAGCAUGGCAGCAGCAACAACUGCAGCAGCAGCAGCAACGAGAGCAGCAGCAACAGCAGGAGCAGCAGCAGCAGCAGCAGCGGGAGCAGCAGCAGCAGCAGCGGGAGCAGCAGCAGCAGCAGGCGAGGCGGUGAGAAUGCGCUGCAGAGUCUUUCAGCUCGGGAGCAGCAGCUGCUGCAGCAGGCAGCAAGCAGAGUGCUGGCAGAGGAGCAGCAGCUGCUGCAGCAAAGCAACUUUCUUCUGCAGCAAACCUGGCUGCGGACUUUUGCGCAGCAGGCGCUGCUGCUGCUGCCCCUGAGGGGCCCCCGUGCUGCAGCAGUAGCGCAGCUAGAGGGCCUCGUGGAGAGAAGCAGGCUGCUGCUGCUGCAGCAGCAGCAGCAAAGCAGCAGCAGCUCCCUGCUGCAGCUCCCAGCGUUUGCUGCUGUUCUCGCUGCGCCUCCCCUCCCCACUGCAGCAGAAGUCCAGGCAGCAGCAGAGGCUCAAAGCAAGCAGCAGCAGCAACAGCAGCAGCAGCAGCAGCAGCAGCUCUUUCUGUCAACUGAAGAAGUGCUGCAGCUGCUUCCUUGGGAGCCUCCGAAGGCGCAGCAAGAGCAGCAGCAGCAUCUGCUGCUGCUGCGGAAGGCCCGGCGAAUCCUAAGGAAAGAAUGUCCUGCUGCUGCUGCAGCUCUCUCUCCCCAGCUGCUGCUGCAGCUCAUAGACCAAGCCUUUGCAGCUGCUGCUGCUGAUCGCCUGCAGAGGCUGCAAGAUAGCAGCAGCAGCAGCAGCAACAGCAGCAGCAGCAGCAACAGCAGCAGCAGCAGCAACAGCAGCAGCAGCAGCAACAGCAGCAGCAGCAGCAAGGGACCGCCUGACGGGGGCCUCGUUAGCUUGCUGCUUCGGCGUCUUCAAGAGACGCGGCAGCUGCAGCUGCUGCAGCAAAAGCUGCUGCAGCAAGAGCCGCUGCAGCAAGAGCUGCAGCAGGAAGAGCCGCAGCAGCAAGAGCUGCAGCAGCAGCAGACAGCGACCGCCUUUGACGAGGGUCUCCCUGAGUCCCCUGUGGCCCUCCACACAGCUGCUGCUGCUGCUGCUGCUGCUGUGUCAUCCAGAAGCAGCAGCAGCAGCAGCAGCAUUGCAAAGAGAGUGGCCAAACUGCAGCAGCUUUUCAUUGCUACGGACGCCGUGCUGCUGCAGCAGCUGGGAGCCUCAUAA